AUGGCCAAAGUCUUGAGUCAACAUCAACAAUCAUUUCCUCAGACAACGCAUUCCAAUAAUAGCGGCUGUGCUGCAUCUUUUUAUACUACUAGACCCAGAUUUAACUUUCUCAGGGCACCUAAACGUACUAUCUCGCAAUACAGACGAUAUCCUAGCCGCAUAAGGCGAGCUCAGAAAUGUGACCCAAAUGCUAUCUCUAACGGAAAUGAUCAUCAGAAAUCCAAUAUUAUCAACAAUCUAUGUGAUGCAGCUAAUUCAAAGCAAACUGCUCAUAAGAUUCCCAUGAACCAAUAUCCUUUCCAUGUUAUUUCUGAUUAUAAACGUUCACGCCCGGAGCUUAACAGUCAUUCGAAUAAUAAAUUAGAAGACAUAUCAAUAUCUGCUCCAGCGUCAUGUUAUGUACAUCACUUACAACCGAGAAAUAGUUUUCGUUCCGAUAUGUCCAAAAUAUGUCAAUCACGUAUGGUUUGUAAACUCUCUUUACUGAAUAACGAUCGUCUGCAAGAUCUACUCUCGAAGGAGUUUACUUACCAACCAAACAAUGCUUUCCUAUAUUAUGUGAAUCCAGAGGUGGAUGAUAAAGUUGACGCUGCACUUCGAAAUGAAGCGGUUCAUAAUCUGCGGUUUUUACACAAUUCAUUUUUUAAUCUGUCUACAGAAACAUUUUGUAAAGCUGUCAACCUAAUUGACCGUUUCAUUGUUAAAGUCAAGGUCAAACCUAAAUAUAUGGCUUGUGUAGCUACCGCUUCUUAUUGUGCUGUCUGCAAGCUAAGUAGCUCAAAUAACAAGAACGCUGUGUUACCUGAUCCAGAAACUAUGGUACAUAUCACUCGUUGUGGUGGUAAUGCUGCUGAUUUGUUGCGUAUGGAAGAAAUUCUCGAUUCCAAAUUAUCUCAUGAUCUUGAUGGCGUGAAUGCAUUUGAUUUCUUGCAACUUUUCAUAGACUGUUUGACUAAAUCUUCCAAAGAUAUCAUUGAAGAUGAAUUGAUCAAUACUGGUGUGACUAUGAAUAGCUAUCUACUUGAGUCAAAUGUGGAGAGUUCCGGAGGAAAAGUUUCAGAGACAAAUAACCCAACCUCAAGUGUACAGAAAUCAGAUGAGGUGAAAAAAGAUCCUUCAAAAGCUCGUCAAAAGAAUUUCAAUCGGGAAACUCUUAUUUAUAAACGAUUGGGAACACUUAUGGAGAUCGCGUUAUGUUCGUUGGAAGUUUACCGUUUCCGUCCUGUUUGUCUAGCACUUGGAAUUUUAGCUCAGGUUGGUAUUGAAGGUCUUCUACCGUUGGCAGAUCUAUGUGGGGUUGAUUGGUUUGAUGUGUAUGAGUGUGCAAACCUCGUAGGUCAACUGUAUGAAUUAUACUAUCGUGAUCCUCUGCCAUCUAGUCGCAGACGAACUGGACUGCUUGUACCUAGACGUCAGUUUCGUGUUGGUUAUUCAAGUCCUACACCACUGGACACAAUCUCUGAAGACUAUGAACCGGUUGAAGAAGAUGAAUGGCUACUUCCACUCCUGUUUGAACCAUGA